AUGAAUAAGAGGGAUAAGCAGUGUGAUAUCUUGAGUCUCUUGAAGAUGAACAAAGUUGGGAUUGGUGCCUUAUUAGAGAAUAAAUUGAAGAAGGAUAAAGUUGAUGAUAUGAUGGCUAAAUUGUUCCUUGGCUGGGAUUAUUACUGCAGUAAUGUCACAGAAGGAAGAAUUUUAGUUAUUUGGCAGAAGUCUUUUAUCAAAGUUCAAGUCCUGAUGGAACACCAGCAGAUUGUUCACUAUUUGGUUAAAUUAACAGGUAUGCAUAUGGUUUUCUUGGUCACUUUUGUGUAUGGCCUAAACACCAUUGAUGAGAUAUUGGAGAUGUGGAAGGGUCUUUCUUAUACACCUUUACCUGUAAAGCCUUGGCUGAUUGUAGGAGACUUCAAUGCUGUUUUUAACUUUGAUGACAAAGCUGGUGGGAAGACAAUAAGUGAUGCUGAGCUUCUUGACUCUGCUGCCUGGCUAGCUCAAAUUCAGAUGGCUGCUCUCAAGAGCAUUGGCUCUAAAUAUACCUGGUCUAAUAAGCAGGAUGAAGGGGAUAGGGUAUACUCAAAGAUUGAUCAUGCUUUUACUAAUGAAGAUUGGGUGGAUGAAUUGCCUAACACUAUUGCUGAAUUCCAAUGGGAUGUUACCUCGGAUCACUGUUAUUGCCUAAUUAAAAGUCACAAACAUGGAAAUUUGGGCACAAAACCAUUAAGAUUUUUUAAUCUUUGGAUUGCUCACAGAGGGUUCAAGGAUGUUGUUAAGGGUAACUGGAACAAACCUAUGGCAGUGAGGGGAUUGCAGGGUAUGAUUAAGAAGCUGCUCCGGCUCAAGCAUGCUUUGAGAGCCUUCAACAGGGAUGAAAUUGGAGAUGUAGAGCAGGGAUAUCAUCAAGCUAAAGAAGCUUUUUUAUUCAACGUAGCAAAGGGAUUUAUGGGAAGCACCAGUUCAGCAACGAGUCCUAUUAAUUCUCAAUGCAUUGAUUUUGGUCCUUGUCUUGAUAUUGAGAUGCAGUUGAGACUUAUUAGGAAGUUUAGUAAAGCUGAUGUUAAAAAGGCUUUGUUUAGCAUUCCGGGCACAAAAAUUCCAGGCCCUGAUGGCUAUGGCUCUAAGUUUUACAAGGCAAUGUGGCAGGACAUAGGUGAUGAAAUCUCAGAGGCAAUUCUUGAGUUCUUUAACACUGGGAAGAUUCCUGCAGAGCUUAAUGAAACAGUGCUAGCUCUGGUGCCAAAAAUUUAUAUGCCUAGCAGUGCAGUUGACUACAGACCUAUUAAUUACAAUAGGAAGAAUACUUCCCCGAGGUGUGCUUUGAAGAUAGACUUAAGCAAAGCCUAUGAUACAGUUAAUUGGUGCUUUCUGGAGAGGCUGCUGGUCUGUCUGAGAUUUCCUACCAGGUUCAUUCAUUGGGUCAUGGUGUGUCUUCGUAGCACUUCUUAUGUUCUCAUGAUGAAUGGAAGAUUGCAAGGGGGUUUUCAGGGUGUUAAGGGUCUUCGCCAAGGAGACCCUAUCUCCCCAUUAUUGUUUGUACUGAUUAUGGAAUACCUCACUCAAUUGCUUCAGCUAGGGGCUCAGCAACAUGAUUUUAGGUUUCAUCCUUUGUGUAAAAGCCUCAAGAUCAUCAACCUCUGCUUUGCAGAUGGUCUAAUUAUUUUCUAUAAAGCUAACAGAGGCUCUGGUCAGUGUGUUAAAAAGAUAUUCGAUGACUUCUGCAGCAGUACAGGGUUGAAGGCUAACCUAAGCAAAUCGCAAGUGUACUUUGGAGGUGUUUUGAAUGCUAACAAGGUCAAUUUGCUUCAGGUAUUGCAGUUUGAAGAGGGAACAUUUCCUUUUAAAUACCUUGGGGUUCCUAUGAGGCCAAAAAAAUGGAAAGCGGCAGAUUGUGGAGUGAUUCUCAGAAAGAUUAAGCUAAGGCUUCACACUUGGGCAAGUAGGCAUCUCUCUUAUGCAGGGAGGUCCCAACUCAUACCUUCUGUCCUGUUGGGUUUGCGGAACUACUGGAUGAAUAUAUUCUUGCUCCCUCAAAGUAUUGUCAAAGAGGUUGACAGAUUAUGCAUGUGGUUCAUGUGGGGUAACAACGGUACCAGAAGUAACUUCCAUCUUACCUCCGGUCCAAAGUUUUCUUGCCAAAAGCUUUUGGGGGUUUGGGUUUUGGUGAAGGAGCUAAGUGGAACAAGGUUGUGCACUAGAUCCAAGCUUGGAUUGGCUGCAAUUGGUCUUUACGGUUCAGAGAUUGGACCCGUUGGAUUGAAGAUAUGA